CGCCGCCGCCGGCCGUCCCCACCGCAGCCAUGGACGCCAUAAAGAAGAAGAUGCAGAUGCUCAAGCUGGACAAGGAGAACGCCAUCGACCGCGCUGAGCAGGCCGAGGCCGACAAGAAGCAGGCUGAGGACCGCUGCAAGCAGCUGGAGGAGGAACAGCAGGCCCUCCAGAAGAAGCUGAAAGGGACGGAGGAUGAGGUGGAAAAGUAUUCAGAGGCCGUGAAGGACGCCCAGGAGAAACUGGAGCUGGCCGAGAAGAAGGCCACCGAUGCCGAGGCAGAUGUGGCCUCCCUGAACCGCCGCAUUCAGCUGGUAGAGGAGGAGCUGGACCGGGCGCAGGAGCGCCUCGCUACAGCCCUGCAAAAGCUGGAGGAGGCUGAGAAGGCAGCUGAUGAGAGCGAGAGAGGAAUGAAGGUCAUUGAAAACCGAGCCAUGAAGGAUGAGGAAAAGAUGGAGCUGCAGGAGAUGCAGCUGAAGGAGGCCAAGCACAUCGCUGAGGAUUCAGAUCGCAAAUAUGAGGAGGUGGCCAGGAAGCUGGUGAUCCUGGAAGGAGAGCUGGAGCGCUCAGAAGAAAGAGCUGAGGUGGCUGAGAGCCGAGCCAGGCAGCUGGAGGAGGAACUUCGAACCAUGGACCAGGCCCUCAAGUCCCUGAUGGCCUCAGAGGAGGAGUACUCCACCAAAGAAGAUAAAUAUGAAGAGGAGAUCAAACUGCUGGAGGAGAAGCUAAAAGAGGCUGAGACCCGAGCAGAGUUUGCCGAAAGGUCUGUGGCGAAGCUGGAGAAAACCAUCGAUGACCUGGAAGACGAAGUCUAUGCGCAGAAGAUGAAGUACAAGGCCAUCAGCGAGGAGCUGGACAACGCACUCAAUGACAUCACCUCUCUCUGAGCCCCUCACCAGCGUGGCCCCCUCGGCCCCUCCUCUCCUCUCGUUUCUACUCUCUCUCUCUGAGGAGGGAUCAGGCAGGAGGAGAAAAGUUGCCAACACUGCAGAGCCAGGCUGGGCACAGCCUGGGAGAGCACCCAUCUCACGUGCUGCCCACCCUGGCACUUGCUUCUUCCUUCUACCCGUCACUCCACCCUCCACCCUCCGGCCUCUACCUCUCUCUGCUGCUUAAUAAACUCAACUUGGUCUCCGUGCUGUUUU